AUGCUUGUUAUCGUUGUUGGAGGUCCGGCCGGUACCGGAAAGACUACAUUAGCAGAAAUGCUUGCGGAAAAGCUCCAUUGUCCUUUCACUGAGGGAGACCAAUUACACCCACAAGUAAAUUUGGACAAGAUGUCAAGCGGGAUCCCAUUGACAGAUGAAGAUAGAUGGGAUUGGCUAGCCAAUGUCUCGGUGGCUGCGUGUAAACAUGGAGCUGACCCUCUGAACAAAACAGGAUUUUCAAUUGUAUCAUGUUCAAUGUUGAAGAAAAUUUACAGAGACCAUAUAGUCGAACUGGCAGUGGGUGAAAACGUUGAAUUUAGAUUUGUAUUCCUCUAUUCAACUCUUGAAGAGUUGUACAAGCGUGUAGAUAACCGGAAGGGCCAUUUCAUGAAGUCUGACAUGGUCACUUCACAAUAUGAAAUCAUGGAAGUCCCUAGUGGGAAAGAAUUAAUAGAAAAUGGUGGAUCCGCAUUGGCAGUGGAUACUACUGGUAAAGGUCCACAGGAAGUGUUUGCAGAGGUAGCCAAACACUUUUAA